AUGGCCGAUGAAACCGCCGCGAAAAUCCCACUGGAAGCCGCCGCCGCAGCCGCCGUACAGAUCCCACAGCCGCCCCUGGUCGAGCAAACCGAAGUUGCUCCGGAACUCGUCCCCGAACCGCCCCUAGCUUCGGUGGCGCUGGACCUGCAAGAGGACUCGCUCCCGCCGGCCGAGCCGCCGGCAGUAGCGGAGGACAAGCUGCAAGCGGCCGUUACAGUGAUAGAAAAGGUCGCCCCUCUGGAUCACCCGCCACUGGAACCAACUAUCUCGGCGGAUCUCGUCACCGUCACCGCCCCCGCCCCCGCCUCCCAGCCAAUGGCCGAGGCCCUGGCCGUUCCGCAGGAACCCGACCCUCCGGAAGCCGAACCUAAGGAAACGAUCGAGCCGGAAAAGGAGAAACAGACGGCCGAGAAGCUCAAAGCGCCAGAAUCAUUCGCUUCUUUCAAGGAAGAAAGCAACAAGAUCUCAGAUCUGUCCCAUCCCGAGCUGAAAGCUCUUGAAGACUUCAAGCUCCAAGUUCAAGAAGCCCUUAAAAAUGGAGUCUUUAGCAGCGGGUCCACCUCCGAGCCCGCCAACCGGCCCGUACAAAUAUCGAUUUGGGGCGUGCCCCUGUUGAUCGAUGACAGAACUGACAUCAUCCUGCUCAAAUUCCUGCGUGCCCGCGACUUCAAUGUAAAGGAAUCGUUCACCAUGCUGAAGAACACCAUGAAAUGGAGAAGGGACUUCAAUGUGGAUGAGUUAGUUAAGGAAGAUUUAGGGGAUGAUCUCGAAAAAGUUGUCUUUAUGCACGGGCACGACAAAGAAGGGCACCCGGUUUGCUACAACGUGUAUGGUGAGUUUCAGAACAAAGAAUUGUAUGCUCGAACAUUUGGAGACGAGGAUAAAAGAUGGAAGUUUUUGAGGUGGAGGAUUCAGUUUCUGGAGAGGAGUAUAAGGAAGCUGGACUUUAGUCCCGGUGGGAUUAAUACAAUCUUUCAGAUUAGUGAUCUUAAGAAUACGCCAGGGCCCGGGAAAAAGGAAUUACGAAUCGCCACCAAACAGGCAUUGCAGAUUCUUCAGGAUAAUUAUCCUGAAUUUGUCGCGAAGCAGGUUUUUGUCAAUGUUCCAUGGUGGUACUUGGCUUUCUACAAUAUGAUGAGCCCUUUUCUUACUCAUCGGACCAAGAGCAAAUUUGUGUUCACCGGCCCGACAAAGACUCCCGACACUCUUUUCAAGUACAUAUCUCCCGAACAAGUGCCAACUCAAUAUGGUGGCCUUAGUGUUGAUUACUGUGAAUGCAACCCAGAAUUCACUGUAGAUGAUCCAGCUAUGGAGAUCACCGUUAAACCUGCUACUAAACAAACUGUUGAAAUUAUUGUAAAUGAGAAAUGCACGCUCGUCUGGGAGCUUCGUGUCGUGGGCUGGGAAGUGAGCUACAGUGCAGAAUAUGUCCCGAACACUGAACGUGCUUACACUGUGAUUAUACAAAAAGCGAGGAAAUUGCUCCCGACCGACGAGCCUGUUGUGUCCAACAGUUUCAGCAUUAGCGAGCUCGGUAAGAUAUUGCUUACUGUUGAUAACUCGACUGCCAAGAAGAAGAAGCUGCUAUACCGUUACAAGGUUAUGCCUUACAUUGUCCAAUGA